AUGCAUGCACACAUACAUACAAACGGACGCACAUACAGUCUACAUGGUACUCGCAAGUCUUACUGCAGCUUUUGUUGGUUUCGUUUGGACUUCUGCCUGGAUUUUGGAGGCAAAAAGAAGAAGAAGGAGAAAGAGGAGUCAAAGGGAAAGCCGACAAAGCCUCCUAUCCACGUGGAUCGGAAGCUGGCCCUCCUUAAGCUGCGAGAUGUCGCUUCUACUGGCUUGCGAGAGGUCCUCUGGAGCGACGAGGAGGUGCAGAAGGUGCUUCUUUGGUCCUUGGAGGACUCCCAGCCAGAGUUGGCCCAGAUUCUCACUUUGGCCGUCUUCGUGCAUCUCACCUCAUCUGCCCGAAAUUGCGAAGCCCUCUUGCUUUGCGAAGAGGUGCGAAGCAGGCUCGUCCGAGUGGUGCAGGAGUCUUCCGGCGAAGUCCGAGAGAAGGCUCUGUUGGCACUCACGGGUCUGGCCGUCGCGUCCUUCCAAAAGGAGGAGUUUGAGGACGUCCGGAACCUUUUGGGACAGGCGGCUGGAAGAGGACGUGGAGCGGCGCAGCGGAUCGAAGUCUUCCGAGCCCUUUGGAGUGCAGCUGUCGUCUGUGAAAGCCCGGAGCUCUUCUUCGGCAACACUCGUAUAUGGGGGAGUCUCUGCGAGAGCAUCGAGCCAACGGAGCCAGCCGACGUCCGGGAAAGCGCUUUAGGCUUGCUGGGAGCUUUGACAUGGCAGCCGACAGGUCCGCACUUUGUCUGGCACGAUGCGGCCUCCAGGGAGCAUCUUUUCACCAACACGCUCAGAUCCCAGCCAAGCACCGUCCGCACCAGAGCGCUGGUAGCUCUCGCAGGCAUUGCUCGAGAGCCUGAGAUGCGAGCUCCCAUCUGGGCCUACGUUUCCGUGGACCUGACCAGGAGGCUCACCGAGGAUGAUGAGGAGGAAGAGCCCCAUGCUUUCAGGAAGCGCAAUAGAGCCGGAAGCAAGGCUACUUCCGAGUCCGAGGAGAAAGCCCAGGAGGAAGAAGAGAGGCCUUCCAUGAAAGACAGUCUCCUGGCGGCUGCUUCCAGAACGGAGAUCUGCACCGUCCGGUCCUCGGCCUUGCGCGUCCUGCUGGAAAUCUCCUUUGGGGAAGACUUCAUGCUCGAGUUGGUCGAGAGCGGUCUCGCAGAUUUGUUGCUGGAGGCUUCCCACGACCAGCGGCUGCAGCAGAAAGAGCGCAAGCUCUGCUUGCAUGGCCAAAAUCGCAUUCGCGAGUGGAACGAGGCGCGCCUGGCAGAAGAGCUCCGAAUCGAGAGAGAGAAUGAGUCUCGGGAGCGGUUGGCGAUGCGUCUCGAAGAGGAGUACCAGGCGCAUCACAUGUGGUACUCCGCGAGGCGCCAGAGCCAUGGAUGCAUCUUCAGACGAUUCUUAGGCGAACAGAUGUUGGCACCUGAAGUGAUCGCGAUGAAGGUGACAAGACGACACAGGGCAAAGCAGCCAGGAAAAUUACAGAAAGGGUCAGUUCCGAAGUCCGAGGAGAUGAAGCGUGCAGACGAAGAGAGCUACGCCUUCGAGGAGUGGUCCAAGGCGCAAAUUGAGAUAAAGGCCAUGGCGAAGGCGGAUGAGUCCUCUGCAGCAAUGAACAGGCAUCUGAAGUUUCUGCUCGACAUGAACCGCGAGCGCAUGGAGCAGGAAGAUGAGCUGUCUCUUCAGUUUCGACAGCAGGAGGAGAAGAGGGUCUUUGCCUCCAAAGUAGCUGCCGCUCGGGAGCGUGCGAUAGAAGCAGCGAAGGCUGCCGCCGGGGCCAUGAAGCGGGUGGGCGGCGAUGCGAUUCUUCAAGCUCGGGAUGCUGGAGAGGCCGCCGGUGCGGCGGCUGCCAAGCUUGGCAUGGGGCCUUUGAUUCAAGCGACAUUUGCAGGCGCGCAAGCAGCUGCGGCAGCGAGUGCAAAGCAGAAGCAACCACUUACGCGGUCCGAGCAGCUGGAUGAAGCCAACAAGGCAGCCCUGGUCGUCGCAGAUCGUUGUGACAUGACAGAGGAUGAGAUUCAGCUCAUCGAUGAAGCUACUAUCGCCGCCAAAGAAGCGGCACGCCUUGAUGAGCAAAGCGACAUUGCAACGUGUUUCGCAGUCGCCCUGGCAUGCCGGUUGAGUCUCACUGAAGAAGCCCAAAGCGCUGUCACAGGUGGUGAAACUGCAGUGGCUGCAGACAGUCACUUGACAUACACUAGCUUCCCGCAUGUCCUCGGCUUUAACAUUUGUAGUAGACCAUAUAGUGCACAACAUAUACUCUACUGUAUACAGUAUACUAAUAUACCAUAUAUAUAUAAUAUGUUAUAUGUAUAA